AUGUCGUCCGUCAUUCCUUCACCGGCGUUACCUCUGGAAGUUCUAGAGCAUAUCACCGAUUGGAUUGGCAAGUGGCCGACCCAUGUCUACAAUAUGGAGCGGAAUGAGUUUGUAUGGAGUGAGAGCGAGAUGCGACACUCCUGGCCUGCGCUCUGA